GGCGCCACGCUCGCCCGCCAGUUCACGCCCGUCAUGAUGGGUACGGCGCUCAAGAACCGCGGCGUGCAGCCGCUGCUGGACGGCGUGCUCGCGUACCUGCCCAACCCGGCCCAGGUGGAGAACUUUGCGCUCGACGAGACCGUCCUCACGCCGGAGGGUAAGCCGAAGCAGGUCCGGAUGAGCCCGCUGCGCGACAGCUCGCACCCGUUCGUCUCGCUGGCGUUCAAGCUGGAGGCGGGCAGGUUCGGCCAGCUGACGUACCUGCGCUGCUACCAGGGCCGUCUGGCCAAGGGCGAGAUCAUCUUCAACACCCGCAACGGCAAAAAGGUGCGCGUGGCCCGCCUGGUGCGGCUGCACUCUGACCAGCUGGAGGACGUGGACGAGGGUUUCGCCGGCGACAUAUUCGCCCUCUUCGGCGUCGAUUGCGCCUCCGGAGACUCCUUCGUCUCAGACGCCCGGCUGAACCUGUCCAUGGAGUCCAUCUUCGUGCCGGACCCCGUCAUAUCGAUGUCCAUCAAGCCCAAGAACAGCAAGGACGUCGAGAACUUCGGCAAAGCCGUCAACAGGUUUACCCGCGAGGAUCCCACGUACAAGAUCAUGUAUGACGACGACUCCAAGGAGACGAUUGCGGCUGGCAUGGGCGAACUGCACCUGGACAUCUACGCCCAGCGAAUGGAGCGGGAGUACAACUGCCCGGUGGUGAUGGGCCAGCCGAAGGUGGCCUUCAGGGAGACGCUGCUGGAACCGUGCUCAUUCGACUACCAGCACAAGAAGCAGUCGGGCGGCGCCGGCCAGUACGGUCGGGUCCUGGGCGUGCUGGAGCCCCUGCCAGCCUCCGAAAACACCAAGCUGGAGUUUGUGGACCAGACAAUGGGCACCAACGUGCCCAAGCAAUUCAUUCCUGCCAUCAAAAAGGGAUUCAUGAACAUGACGGAGAAAGGCGCCCUAACUGGUCACAAGAUCUCGGGCGUGCGCUUCCGACUGCUGGACGGCGCCAGCCACGCGGUCGACUCCAACGAGAUCGCCUUCAUCCUGGCCGGCCAGGGCGCCGUCAAGGAGGCGUACGCCAGCGGCCACUGGCAGGUGCUGGAGCCGAUGAUGUCUGUGGAGGUGUCGGCGCCGGCUGAGUUCCAGAGCGCGGUGAUGGGUCAGCUGAACCGGCGCGCGGGGGUCGUUCUCGGCCAGGACAGCAACGAGGGCUGGUUCACUGUCUUCGCUGAGGUGCCUCUCAACAAGAUGUUCGGUUACGCCACCGAGCUGCGCUCGGGCACGCAGGGCAAGGGCGAAUUCAGCAUGGAGUAUGCCCGGUACGUGCCGACCACGCCGGACGUGCAGGCGCGCCUGGUGGAGCUGCACGAGCAGGCGAUGGCGGCGGCGGCGGGUGGCGCGGCGGCCGACACGCGCCGCGCCGGCAAACGCCGCGGCUGAGCGGGCUCUCGGUGCCAGAGAGCCGCUCGAGGCGCCGGGCGCGGACGGCGGAGGGGCCUGAUGUGGACCGGGCCGCCGUCGCCGCUGCCGCGGACGAGGCACCGCCGGCCGGGGUAGUGCCCGGGUCUGCACAUCGUGCCCGGUUCGUCGCCAGUACCCGCGGCGGGAGGACGCUUGUUACAGGCUUUACGAUCAGUCGCGCGGCCGUGGGGACGUGUGCAAAUAGUACAGUAUGGACGAUGUGAGUGAGAGGGAUUCCCGCACGGCGCGGGAGAAGUGCACGCUCAUUUUGUUUUUCGUUUCAACGCUUCCGUUCAUCCACUCAUUCACGGGGCAUGGGAAGCGAAUACACCAUCAUCAACAGUAAA